ACCAGGACUGAACGAAGAAAAUAGGGAACAGACUAUUUUCUUUCAACCGUCUAUAUUUCUCGAAAAGCGAUCGACUGAAUCUCAAAAUGGCACUUGCACUUGUCAUUAGAUGUCUUCCUCGGUCAAUGAAUGGAUCUAUCCGAACGAGCCAUAUGUGGUCAAAGGGCCAACUCAACGGCAGCAUCUUCAAACACUACCCUGCCGCUGGUCUACUGGCCAAGGACAGAAAUGCCAUGGUUGCUGUUGCUCCUCGAAGAGAAAUGUCUGAUGGUGGGGACCACGUCAAACUGUGGACAGCUGAGCGUGCCCUCAGCGUCGGCCUCUUGAGCAUCAUCCCAGCUGCCUUCAUUGUCCCCAGUCCUGCGAUGGACUAUCUCCUUGCCGUUUCUCUCGUCAUGCACUGUCAUUGGGGCAUUGAGGCCUCCGUAGUGGAUUACAUCAGGCCAAACAUCUUCGGGCCUGUCAUUCCCAAAGUGGCCAUUGCCUCGCUUUAUGGAUUGUCCAUCUUUGCCCUUGGCGGUCUCAUUUACUUCUCAUACAGUGAUGUCGGCCUGGUCAACGCAGUGAAAAUGUUCUGGAAGUUGUAAAUUGGUACAGAAAAUAGACUGCAAUUGGUAGGUGGUCAAUAGGCUCUAUUUAUUUAAGAAUGCUUUUGCCACUCUCAAUGGAAUGCAAAAAUCUAAUUGAUUCAAUGCAGCUGUAUUGUCUCAAGGAUACAAGCACGUUAUAACUUCAUUCUUUUAAAUAAAUUGUAAAAUGAGUGUUGCUAAA